UUGACCAUUAUUCGUUUGUAUCAGGAAAUCUUAAAACAGCGUUUUAAAACAAUCACUGGGCUGUAACAGCACAAACAGAAAAAGGAGCCCUUUCCGACACAUCUAAUUUUAAGUUGUUUCACUACAGGAUCCGGCGGGCCCAGGCAUGUUCCUACAGCUGUCUUCGAAUUUCGUGUCGGGAAACAAAUCACACCCUUAGCUUAAACUUAAGCUCUGUAAGGUGUUUGGGAUCACAGAAAAACGCGUUUUUCAUCCUUGAAAAACCCUCUCUCAAAAUCUUCCAAUUCAUAGGGUUCUCAUCAAUUCACCAUUCCGGCAAUUGUUUGGGUUUGAACCGAUACGGAUCGGGCAUAGAACCGGAAGAUGAUAGACAAGUGUUUAGGAGCUCAAAGAUCUAGAAAGAUCCAGAAAGCUCUCCGUCACUGCAAGGUCACGAUCCUCUGCCUCGUUCUCACCAUUGUCGUCCUACGCGGCACUAUCGGAGCUGGAAAAUUUGGAACUCCGGAGCAAGACUUCGUCGAGAUCCGCGACCACUUCUAUUCCCGUAAACACGCUGAGCCGCAUCGCGUCCUUGAAGAAGUCCAAACGACGUCAUCCAAUGACCGCGCAGCUAUCGACACCAACAAUUACAACGAAUUCGACAUAAAUAAGAUCUUAAUCGAUGAGGAAUCCGACGACUCGAAACCUGACUCCAACAAGGCCUGUUCUCUCGGGCCCAAAAUCUCCGAUUGGGAUGAUCAACGAUCUAGAUGGCUGAAAGAAAACCCUAAUUACCCAAAUUUCAUCGGUCCAAACAAACCAAGGGUCCUCUUAGUCACUGGUUCAUCUCCAAAACCGUGUGAGAACCCGGUUGGUGAUCAUUACUUAUUGAAAUCGAUUAAGAACAAGAUCGAUUACUGUAGAUUACACGGGAUAGAGAUAUUUUACAACAUGGCGCUUUUAGAUGCGGAAAUGGCAGGGUUUUGGGCUAAAUUACCGUUGAUUCGAAAACUUUUGCUUUCGCAUCCGGAGGUGGAAUUCCUCUGGUGGAUGGAUAGUGACGCAAUGUUUACGGAUAUGGCAUUUGAGGUUCCUUGGGAAAGGUAUAAAGACUCGAACUUGGUUAUGCACGGCUGGAAUGAGAUGGUUUAUGAUCAAAAGAAUUGGAUUGGGCUAAAUACUGGGAGUUUUUUGUUAAGGAAUGGGCAAUGGGCACUUGAUAUUCUCGAUGCUUGGGCUCCAAUGGGUCCUAAAGGGAAGAUUAGGGAAGAAGCAGGGAAGGUUUUGACGAGGGAACUUAAGGAUAGACCCGUUUUCGAAGCGGAUGAUCAGUCUGCAAUGGUUUAUUUGUUGGCUACUCAAAGGGCGAAGUGGGGUAAUAAGGUUUACUUAGAGAGUGCUUAUUAUUUGCACGGUUAUUGGGGGAUUUUGGUUGAUAGGUAUGAGGAAAUGAUUGAGAAUUAUCGUCCGGGUUUAGGUGAUCAUCGUUGGCCUUUGGUGACUCACUUUGUGGGGUGUAAGCCUUGUGGGAAAUUCGGGGAUUACCCUGUUGAGAGGUGCUUGAAGCAGAUGGAUAGAGCAUUCAAUUUUGGGGAUAAUCAGAUUCUUCAGAUUUAUGGGUUCACUCACAAGUCUUUGGCUAGUAGAAGGGUUAAGAGAGUUCGAAAUGAGACUGUUAAUCCGCUUGAGGUGAAAGAUGAACUUGGACUGCUUCAUCCAGCCUUUAAAGCGGUCAAGGUAUCCUCUUCUUGAUGAUAUACGCUGUCUAUAAGAUCUUAUGCCGCUAAAUGAUAAGUUACGAUGUUCAAAUGUUGAGUGUGUAGUGGGAAUUUUAUGCUUUAGGCUUGUAUAGAUGGUAUUCUUUUGUU